AUGGGCAUCCUCUUCAAGCUCGUCGCCAGCUCGGCAGCAGUCGCAGGCGCCGGCCUGUACCUCGCUCCCGACCUCGCCCACCAGCAGCUCGCACACGCCACCGGCCGCACCGCCCCGGCUCCCUCGUCCUCGUCCACCUCGUCCCCUCGACCGGCCGACCCGGAGACCCUCUCGCUGUACGACUCGCCCCCGCAACCGGCCCUCCUCGUGCCCGUCAAGUCGCCCUUGCAGGACGAGGUCGCCCUCGCCCGCUCGCACGCCCAGAUGGCCCUCGACCGCGCAGCACACGCCACCCACGACCUGCGCGAGACCCUCGUCGGCUACGAGCGCCACGCCGAGGUCGCCCUCAAGUCGGUCAUCUCGGACAAGGACCAGCUCAACCCCAACGCCUUCUACGUCGCCGUCGCCACCCUCGCCGGCUCGAUCGUCGGCCGCAACCGCAUCCUCCUCCGCCUCUCGCUUCCGCCCCUCUUCCUCCUCGGCUCGACCGCCUACUUCCUCCCCAACUCGUGGGACAAGAUCGUGCCGCGCCUCGGCCUCUCGGACGACUGGAAGUACGCCAACGCCCGGGCAAAGGUCCGCGACGCCAAGCACAAGGUCGAGGACAAGGUCAAGGCGUGA